GUACUCGGAGAAACGGAUGCUGAAGCCGAGGAGCUCACACAGAUUCUGAACCCACAGCGACUGAAAUCUUUGGAAGAGUGGCUUAAUAAGACGGCGAUCACACUGACCCAGGUUAAUGGCCAACGAAAGUAUGGCGGGCCGCCACCUGGUUGGACGGGACUGGCUCCAGGUCACGGCUGUGAGGUUUUCAUAAGCCAGAUUCCCCGGGAUGUGUAUGAGGAUCGUCUCAUCCCACUCUUCCAGAGCGUGGGUCCGCUCUAUGAGUUCCGGCUCAUGAUGAACUUCAGUGGCCAGAACCGUGGCUUCGCCUAUGCCAAAUACGGAGACCCAGUCAGUGCCACGGUGGCCAUCCAAACCCUGCACCACUACCGGCUCCAGGACGGGGUUCGGAUCAAUGUUCGCAGAAGCACGGAAAAGAACCAGCUGUGCCUGGAAGGGCUGCCAGCCAGCGUGGAAAAAGAGGAACUGUUUAGGUCGCUCCAGAACCUCUCUGAAGGGGUGGUAAGCGUCUCAGUGCAAUCCAAAGGAGGAAAGGAGCUGGCAGCACUGGUGCGCUAUUCCACCCACUAUGCUGCUUCCAUGGCAAAGAAAAUGCUGAUAGCAGCCUUCAAGACAAACUUUGGGAUCGCCAUCAAUGUGAAGUGGUUCCCCCCUAAGCCCAGGCACGUCAAGGAUGGCCACGAAGAGAGGUCUGUUGUGAUCCCAUCUGUGCCCAGAGCACUCCCCAACCCCCACUCCAACUUUUUUCAUCACGGCCCACAGAUGCGUAGUUCUUCUUGCCCCUCUUCACCUCCUCCUGGCUUCAGCCGCGCAGUGGGGGGUCCUGCUCAGCUGUUGAGGGAUCAGGCAUUGUCUCCGCACCUGAGGGCUGGAGAUGUGCCCUGUGAUGCCUUGUCUUUCCUGUGGUUGGUCUGUGAUCUCAUGAAGUUAGGAGUUCCAACCUAUGACAUCCAGCACCACUACACAGGCCCAGACGGGUUUAUCCACUUCUCUUACAGAGUGACCAUCCCUGCCAUACCCCUGCCUUUCUGUGGUGCAGUCCAGAUCCUGCCAGGUGCCAGUGUCGGCGCUAUGGAAAGGGAGGUCCGCCAGACCACUGCCAAGCAGGUUCUCAAAGCCCUUUACCAGCUCAUUGAGCCCUAG